AAAUGGGGAGCGAGUGUCUACAACUGCUGUUUUUACAAAUUAACACAGCGGAGGUGUUGUGCUGGAGGUGUUAAGUGUUUGUGUUCCCCCUGCUGCCUCUGUGUGAGUGACAUGUUUUACCGCGAACUUGCGGUUUCAUUGCGCUUCUGGACAUGUUUUGAAUGCUUUUAUUCUGAAAUGCUCGAGGCGGAAAAGGUUGUUGCUACAAGGAAGAUAACACAGCGUGCCUUCUGUUGCUUGCCGGACCAUUUGAAACACGUUGAGCUCAAACUGAGGAUGACUGACUCAUCACUUCUCAACUCUGAGCUGGAGUUACAGCAACAAGAGGAACUCUACCAGCAGAUGCUGCUGCAGACGAUGGGAAAGCUGCAGUCGGAAUCUCCAGAUUCCACACUAAUCCGGCCUCAACCAGGUCUGUGUGUGAAGACGUUCUCGGAGCCAGGCAAGCAGAAGGUUUUCAUAAACAUCUGCCAGUCGACCUCUGUCCCGCCGCCCCCUGAUCUCUCCAGAGAGGAGCUCGUGCAGCUGCUCCAGUCGGAGGAUCCCAGCGGCUACAGAGUUCCGAUGAGCCUGGGAGAGCCGCAUGCAGAAACUGACAACAACUCUCAGGGUUGCACAGCCUAUGACGUCGUCAUCAACCAGGACUUCUUCCAGAAGAGCCAGAAGGAUCCUCUGUUCCAGCAGUUUGUUAUCUUGGUGUCUGUGGAGGGCCUGGAGAAUAAAUACAGCCUGGAGCUAAACAGAGACUGGAAAGUGCUGAAGAACAGAAAAUUCCUUGGCUCCGUCAGUGAGCAGAACAUCCGGAUGAAGAGCAGGCCGGUGAUCCAGGAACUGCAGCCUCAGGAAAACGGCCCGGCAUGUGUUAAAAGACCAGAAUGCUCGCUGUUGGUGGAGCCCCCCACUGGACACCCUGAGUACCUCAUUGCAGAGAUAAAGCUCCCUGGAGUGUCAUCAUCUCGCUCUCUGGUUCUGGACGUCGGAGAGGACCGGCUGGUGUUGACGGCGCGACCGUCGCUCUACCACCUCGACAUCUUCCACCCGUUCUUGGUUGACCAGGACAACAGUGUGGCGCAGUACAACAAGAGCACACAGAUUCUCACAGUCACCAUGCCAGUGGGCUCAUCAGGGCCAUGAAGCUGCUGAAGAAUCAUAUUUUUUCUUAUAAAAAAUGCUGUGACAAUAAAAGUUGUUUAUUGGUAAAAAGUGAAAUCUGUUUCUAAUUUUAUUUACUAAUUAAAUCCUACUCAUUGUGUGACUCGUGACGCCUUUAAAAAGUUAGCGCAAUUAAUUGCUGUUUUUUUGUUUGCUUUGUGUUUCAACACAUAAAAAAGUUCAGAGCAGAACCUUUAUACUUGUGUGUUUCUGGUAUGUCAUUAAUCUUAACGGACAGGUGACGUCUGCAGAUGGCAAUGGUCGACAGAGUUCUCUUGGCCAACUUUUGAUUCAAAAAAUCGAUUUGAUUGGACGCUGCAAAAAUCUGUUAUGGAGCCAUUAGCCUGCUAGCAAUUGCUACCUUUCUUACAAAUGCUACCAUCAUGAUAGCAUUUAACAAAACACAUUUGUUCCUUGGGUCAGAAUUGGUUACUGUGUUAUGUUUUUAUCAUGUGAAGGACUUUCAACUGCCUUGUUGCGAAAUCUGCUAUACAAAUAAACCCAACUUGGUCAGUCACAUUUCAAUAACAUGAUAAAGUUUGUGGUUGAUUUUUUCGAGACAAAUGUAUAUCUAUGUGUAUGUAUGUUUGCUUGUAAAUAAAAAUAUUACAUGA